AUGGACGAGCUUAGCGUGCAGUACUUACGUAUGGCGAAUGGCCCGCAGGGUCAACUGCAUGACCCGGCGGACGUGGUAAACUUUGUGGAACAAAUGCAGCUUGUGGUGGAGCGCAGCUCUGCCCCAAGAAGGAAUUUUCUUAUUGACACCACCACUCCGCGUGGCGAUGUCAUCAUCACGGAGGCCUCUGCGAUGAAGCCCGGCAACGGCUGGAUUACGCUGCAGGUGACGGAGGGGAUCCGUCGCGGCGUACACGAGUGGUGUGUGAAGAUCGAGCACCAAGGUGAGACGACGGAUGGCAGCGGGUUGAUGCUGGGUAUCGUGCCGAAGAGUUUUGCCAAGUACGACUCAUUCAUCUCACAGGGGGGUGGCUGGUGCCUGAGCCGUGCGGGAAAGUUUUACGGGCAUUGGAGGCGACAGGACAACAACUCCAGUGUUGUCUUUGGCGCCGGUGACCGCGUGGUGUUUGUCUUGGACUACGAGGCGGCACGCAUGACGGUGCGCGUGGGCGACAAGUCAGUUGUUGGUGAGAUCAGCAACAUUGCGCCCGAGGUGUACCCCGCCAUCUCGCUUCACUACCGUCACCAGUUUCUGCGCUUUGAGUACCACAAAGUGCACGACCGUCACGCGAAGAAGCUGAACUGGAUUGAGCGCUCCGCCUUUCCACACGCCUCCGUCUACCUGCCUCUCACACCCAAUCAAUUGGAGAAGGUGCCGCUUGACUCCUACGUUUUCAGUUCCCUGUUCAAUGAAAAGGGAGGACAACCCGGGAGGUGGGUACGACGACAGGGCUCCGCUGCAUUUUCUUCCGUUCCCUUGGAUGAGGCCGCCCCCAUAUCCGAGGAGUACGAAACGGCGCGGGCUGCAACUGCACGACUAACGGUUGUGCUUCGGGCCAUUCAGGCCGUGCGGCGGUAUUGUGGUGGUGGCGUCACGCCGGUUGAAGCGUUUCUGGACCGAAAUAUCACAGCAGAAACGCUGCGCAAGCAGCAGCAUGCAUUAUCAAGCCGUCGUGCAGCUUCCCGCGACGGGAUGGACGUCGCUCUCAACUGCGGGGCGUUGGUGCUUAUCCACAUGUUUGCUCACGCCAGCAUGACUCUGGCGGGCGCCACCAUGUUGCCUCUGCUGCACAACCUCCAAGAGUACCUUCGCGGCGCCACUCUGUUUAGUCUUGGGGAGGCGUCCUCGUCGCCGCACUCUGUGGGGAACUCCAUCUCCCCAGAGGUGAUGCGACAGGCCCUGGAUAGUGCGGCAAAGCUGCUUGAGCAGGCCCUUUCAAAUAAUAGCAUAAAUGACAAUAAUGGUAGCAUCCAUACCACCAAUGCCAUCCAAGGCAACUCCAAAACUACCAUGAACCACAUUAGUCACGACGACUCAGACAGCAAUGUUGCUCCUGCUUUGCUAGAACUUCUGGUAUUGCUUUCGCUUCAGUGUGGCGCCAUAAGUGAGGUUCUACGCAGCGUGCGGUACCUGUUGCGUCUACCCACAAACGUUGUGUCACAGGCCACAUUGGACUGGUUGAAGUCAAAUGAAUCGGCUCUCACGCCCAAGAGACAGCUUCCAAAACUUAACGAGGCUUACGAUACCAUUGAAGAAGACACAGAGCAACUUGCCCCGUUUGGUCGCGACUUCAAUUUACAGAUACUUUCGGUAGGUUAUAAUCGUGGGGCGGUUUACAUUCAUUCUGUUGAUGGUCUUAGCAAACGCACUAAUGUGGUUGGGAUGUAUGCACUUGUGUGUUCCACAAAUGAACCGCCAGAUUGCUGUUCCCAGUGCUCACGCUCUAGCAUUGCCUUUUCUGAGGCAGGUAUGCUAUUGCUAUUGACCAAUCGUAUGAUUUCCGCCGGACUCGCCGUAGUAACGUACAGCACGACGUUGGAGGUGCGACAAAAGGUCGCACUCACCGAUGCCCCUCAGUGGCCGGUGAGUUCCCGUUACAUGGCACUUGCCUCCGGUCCAGGAGACCGCUUAGUCCUUCUGUACGACGUGGUGGCUGCCCCAAACGGGGCUGCUGCGGACGCCAAUACUUCCUCUCCUGUUGGGCUGGAGAUGCAAGUAUUUGCCUCCAGCAGUUUUCCCGAGGUGCAGUGGCGCACGCCGCUUCAACUUGCCCCUUUUGACCGCACCCUCGCUUACUGCUUGUCGCUUCGCAAGGGGAGCUUGAUUGACUUUGGCUCACCAGAGAUAUGCCUAACCACCGUUGGGGGCCACAUCACGGUGGAGGUUUGGAUUAAAAUACUCGAGAAGGACGACACCUCCGUGCUGUAUCAGCAUGGGGAUCGAAGCACCAGUGGAGAGGUGUUCAUCGAGACAGCAAGGCUUGAAGGGGCCUGGCGCAUACGUGGUGGAUACCGACAUGAUUCCCGUGGCAUGUGCGUCGUCACGGCUCCUGUUAGUCCGGCUUCCGAGUCCCGUUUUAUACACGUUGCCUUGAUAUUUGAUGGAAAUUGGCGUCUGUGUCUUGACGACGAAGAGGUUUCAUGCACCCGGCAGGGACCACAAGUAUCCCUAGAAAAUCCUCGACAGCGAUGGACGGCUGGUAAUGAUUGCGUCUGCCAAAUAGCUGCCUUGCGCGUGUGGAGAGGCGGCCGUUCGCUUCGUGAGAUUGUCCGUGACUCGCAUCGCCUCUUGUCUGGGGAUGAACCAGGGCUUUUAUGCCAAUAUUUUUUUAAUGAACCAAAUGGCAAUGUUGUUUUCAAUCAUGUUCGAGCAGGUGCGGCACUUGGUCGUUAUGCGAUUGUUCGGGGGCAGUUUGCGCGUGUCGGGUGUUUUGACCACCCUUUUUUGCCCUCACCGCGAGAGAGCGGUGCAUCCGCCGGGGCCGCCAUGCCUGUUACAGCUGAACCGCCCCAUAUGGAGCACACGCAUGUGUUGUUUAAUGGGGCCCAAAUUGGGCUAAUGGAGCAGAAGGAGCGAGCCAUUCCCGGCUUUGCCGAGUGGAAGCACGUGCAUCAGGUGAGUUUCUUCGAUGUUAGGACAGGACGUGAGUUGUACGGUUCUUAUGUCCUGCGACAGCGAAGUAAGCUUGGCUUUCUCGCAUGCGACCAGGAUGGACAGUAUUGGGAGUUGUUUCAGACAGGGAUGAACCCUGGCGCGCGUGGCGAAGUGCAACAACAGGUUGUAGCGGUGGGAACACUUUCGGGCAUUUCCGCCAUCGUACAGGAAAAGGGCACACUGACGUGUCUUCGUGGCUCCCACGCCCCGAGGUGUGACACUGCGAAUGGGGCACCAUCGUGCGUGGAGGGCAGUGGGGCCUCGUAUGGGACUCUGCAGGGGGAACCGAGUUCAAGUGGUGGACAGCACCUCCUCCUUAAUAGGGACACAACCAACUUUACGUUUGGGGCCCUGGCAAUGUGGUUGCUGGGUCUCCUCUCCACCUUCGCAGAGGCAAGUGGCACCGACUUGGACAAUCAUCUCUUUAGUCCUCUUCUAGACGAUGUGGGGAUUCGCUGUGUGCAGGAGGUGCAGCAGCUUCUCUGCGAGCACUGUCGUGCUGUGAAGGCCAUGAAUGCGCGUCGUGCGGCAAACUUAAAAGACAGUACUUCCUCCAGUGUGAUUUACACCACACUUCGGGUGUUGGUGCGGUUGAUUCGACGCGUGCGAGACUUCAAGCUGCACCCUGACACGAUUGGCUUCUCCGAGGUCGGCGGAAGCGAUGACGUUCACGGGCUGCUUCAUGAGUUGAGUAUCGCCCAGCGCAGGCGCAACACCUCGUGGCAGGAGCGCGAGGGGUCCGCGGCGUCGGCGUCGGCGUCGGCGUCGGCGUCCCACAAGGCAGCAACCACCUCAAACUCAACCUCAAUCUCAGCCGCAACAGCAGGCCAAAACGCAGAUUCAGUGGAUAGCGGGCACACCUUUUCAAGAAAGCGUGGAACCAGCCUGCUUGGUGUCCUCGCGGAUAUCAUCAACGAGGCUGGUUUAAAUUUGCCGAUGGAGCUGGCUGUACUUGCCAGUGUCAUCAUUCAGGAGGGAGUGACGUUGUUUUUCCCAAGCGCAGCCGUGCGAGCAACACUGCUGCAAGAAAUAUUAGGCCGUGACCAGCAGAACGCAUCACAGUCUCCAGCUCUUAACGUGUUGCUUGACGCCAUUGUAAAGAGCUUCACAGACAUGACAUCGGCUGCGGCUUUGGUGCAUGAAGGGAACUCGAGCACGCGCGGCGAGCUCAUGCAUGGAAAGCACAAAUCCGCCGACUCCAUGGAGCAGAAACUCAUUCUGAUUAAGAGAACCCUCUCCACCCUAUUGGCGGAGUCAGCUAGCCAGAUGACUUCCCAGAUCUCAAACGAAUCGCGACAGCAACGGCUGGGUCUCCUCUCCGCGAUGGCCGAGGCCAUUGGGACACUGCAGUUGUUGCUUUUUAGCCAAUGCGACGGCACUGGGGUGCUUGACAUGGGUGGCACUGGAACACGCCGUGGAAUCGAAAAUAUCUUUUCACUUCCCCAGCCGACAGACCUUUGCGUCGUGCUGAAGGAUUAUUAUGUGGAGUUGUUUAACACCGCUGAAAUGGUAUUUAAGCGACUGUUUCAGCGACUUCCGGCAGCGUCACCCCAACGGCCGAGCACCGUGGUGCCGUCAACAACAACAGCAGCAACAGCAACAUUAACGAUGGUCCUUGAUGUGCUGAGUAGUUCCUUCGUGGGAUUUCCACUACACACGGCCAUCACGGCACUACCAUUCAUGGUAACACGCGAUGAGUCGGAGUGGCUGCUGCAAAAAUUGUGCUCGCUUCGUGUCCACUACCGUGCCCUGUUGCAGUUGAUCCGUGAGAAUACCUCGAUGAACCUCGACAAGGCUGGUUUUUGGCCGCUUCCAGCUUUGGAUAAUGCUUUGCUUCUCGCAUCAUCCUGGGUGGCUUCGUUUAUGUCGCUGGGACAGCUUCCUGCAGGGCCGUCGGAAACAGCCAAACCGUCUCAUGAGGCAUGCGACAAUAGUAGUAGCGUCCUUCAAGAGAUAUGCGAUCAUCCGCUCUUAGCUGCCGGGUUGCGCCCGGCAAGUAAGGUGGGUAACAAUAUAGACACCACCAUCAUUGGGAAAUUGCAGCAACAACGCUCCACGUGGGAGGCCAUUGCAAAGCAAGACGAUCCACUUGCAUCAAAGACGCCGACGGGAUUGGGAGCUGCCAUGUCACUGGCUGCCGUUGCGGUUGUCCACCUGAGUGGUGUGCAGCUUCAUUGUCUCUCGGACAAGAAGCAGCAUCAGUUGCUCGCAAAAACACUCCUCCGGUUGAAAAGCACGAGGAAUGAGCUGUUGAAUAGGCGCUCCAAAAACCCGAAUGACUUUUCACGUGAUGUGAGUGAUGUGCAGAGUCGAUGCCUCUUGUUGUUGCGAAUCAGAAGAGUAUCGGAGGCCGAGUUCUUAAGGAUGACGUCCACCUUUCUCGCUCAGUCCUUCGCCGACAAGAUACUUGGCGAGGAGCCAUCGAGAGGUGGCAGGUGGAGGCGGGCGGUAUUUCUUUUGCGGGCACAGCGGAUGUACCAUGGGGCGUUCUUAAAUGGCUGGCCACUCCUGCAAAUUGAUCCUGCCUUGAAGCUCGUGGAGCGCGUCAUCCUCUCUCCGGGGGUAACGGCGUCGGGCUUGCAGGUGGCUGUUCAGGCGCGUCAAACGACCGCCCUUCAGCGUCUGGAUGGGCUUCGUCACAUGCUGCAACUCUUUGAGACAGAUGCCGCAGCUGCAUUGAAAGUUGCCUCACUACUUUUCAGGGGUUCUGUGGGUUCGCAACGGCACUUUGAGGCUGGUCUCUCUGGCUGCCUGGACUCCACGCGUUGUGCUAUUCGUCGGACAAUGUAUGACAUCCUUCGCCGCCUGCGCGAUGCCACAGCGGGGUCGCCGCUUCCAGGGAUAGACGAUGGCGGUGAACAGGUGGAAACGAGCCCCAAGAAGGCAAUGCGUAGUAGUGCCUCAUUCCAACUUUCUACCCUUAGUGAGGUGCUGAACAGAAUGUGGUUGCCCGCUGACUUCUGCUACCUGGAACACCUGCAUGUCGUGAAGGUGAUCUUUGAGGCUGUUUGCAGCAUAUUUGAACAGACGGACUUGGAACGCCUGCGUCAGGAGCGGUCUACAGAGCGUUCACAUAGGCACACCGCCAGAGAUGCAAGGAAGCAAAAAGCCGCGUCCAACAGCUCGCCGGGAACUGUAGAGGAUGACGCUAAUGAGGUUUCGCUGCAGCGCACUCCACACGAGUAUGCUUUAAUGGAAUCCCUUAUGACGCUCAAAUCCUUGGGUCAACAGGCUGCAAGGAUACUGGGAGAUACCUCCUUGUCACUCUGUGAACGGCGUGGUUGUGCCCUUUUCCUUGAUGGGUUGUUUGAGGUCUUGGAGUUGGAGUUGCACAGGUGCGCCAAUUACGCUUCACAGACCUGCUACCCUGCUCAGGACCGCGUGUUGGAGCAGGUAAGCCUGAUUUGCACGCUUGCCAGCACGGUCUCUCGGAGCCUACCAGAGGGAUUCUUCUGCAACGGAGGCACAUGCCCUAAGCUGGCGCUUCUCGCAUUUCGACUGGGCAUUGUGGCGAAAAUUCUCUUGACAACAAUAUCGUCCACGGUGGCGACGACGACGACGACGACGACGACGACCACGGCUACAGCCACAGCGACGAGUAUUGCCACACUCAACUUGGUGGAGGUUUGCAUCAGUACGGGCGCGUUGCUUCUCUAUCAUUGCCAACCAGCGACUGCCGAUUCACUUUUCGUUGCGCAGGAGACGAUGGAUUUGACGCGUCAAGCGGUUCGUGUCUCACGCACAGGUGGCGAAACGCUCGGAUUUUUCUUGGCCUUUGUGCUUCGCUGUGUUGCGAUAUCCAGCGCUGGCCUCAGCGAGAUGGGGCUGCGCUGUGUCGAUGCCUUCCACAAGCUUGUGUGCCGGCCACCCUGGGAUGACUCGUUUAAGACGCUCUGUGAGACGUACCAGUGCGACCUUGGCGCCGUCGCCGUGGCGGAGGAGGAGGAGGCCGCCCGCGCAAACAGCAUCCGGCUCCUUGUCUGGAUGUACGCCAUUGGCGGGCCACCGACGGUUCCCCUGAGUCUCGGCAAAAAGGUCCAGGUGAGUGUCGAUAACAUGCUCUCCUCCACCGAGGACGCAUACAUCGUCGACUGCUGCACCCAGUCUAACAGUGCAACGCUGAUUCCGUCCACGUUGUACUCCCUUGUGGAAGAACGCGAGGUUGCGCUUGAUAGUCUCAUCAGUUCCUCCCAUGAGGAGGUGACACUUCCACGGGCGGAGGUGCUCUUUCAAUUUCUGAUCCCCGCACUUGAGCUCUUCUUUAAACCUCCCUUGAGACCACAUCUGUCGCCACUCAUUUGGGCCGUUGUUGCGGCGCUGCUGCGCAUCACGCGGGCGGUGCUGAUGAAUGAUCCUGCUGCGAGUCAAGUUCUUCUUGAGCGAGACUUUGUGAGUCACGUCGACGCUUUUGCCUUUCGCCUGGCGGCGAAGAUACCGUUGCCUUUAUGCUACCUGUACGAAGUCUGCCCCACCGUGGUGCUGCAGCUGCUGCAGUUCACACGACGCAUUUCUUUCGACGCGGUCGUUCCUUCCUCUGCGUCUGCGACUGCCUCGCCCAAGCGUGUGCCGAACGUGUCGCCUUCUGGCGCCUCCUACACGCAGCCGUUGUCGGGCACAGAAUUUCAUCGCGGCAUGACCCUUGCUUCUGUGGUGCCGUUGCGGCCGUCAAUUUUUGGUGCCAGCGCUCUCUUGGGCAACGCGGUGGUGUCUCAAGCUGAGGUGGAGAGCAGCAACAACAACAACAACAGUAACAACAACAACAACAGCAGCGGUAGUUUCAUGCCUUCACUUCUUCGACUUCCGCAGGCGCACUCUUCCCUUUCCCUCACUCCCUCUGUCCUCUGCUUCUGUGGAGCAAAGGACUCCCCCGUUGGCGCGCUCACGAUAAAAGCUACCGGUAUCAAGAGCUGCAUGCCACUCUGGACGGAUGGUGUGACGUUGGAGACAAGCGUUCUCCUCUACGAACGACUCUUUCCGGAGCUUGGGGAGGACUUUGUGAUCCCGACAUCGUGGCAGCGGCCUGAGAUCCAAUUUACUAUUUUUUCACUGUACGAAAAAUACCGCUCGGGUGCGGCCGCCGUUAUGCGUGUGGUGUUAACGGAGAACAGUAUUGACUACAUUAUGGAAAGCGUAAAGGGAUCAGCCGCGGUAGUCUCCAUGAAGCUGGUACGUGAGGACUGGGACCACUGGAUUCAUAUUGCCGUGGUGCUGGAAAGUGGUGCGGUGACGCUCUACAAGGACGGGGUUGGCACAACGGCGGCGUUGCCCAAAGUGGCCGCUUCGCGCCUGGAGACGCUUCUUCGCGAUGGCGCAGUCGAUCGACUCGUGAUCGGCGACGAGACGCCUGGUGGCCUGCCCGGUAGCAAAAACACCAGUAGAAGUUCCGACGGAGCUCGGCUGGCGAACGUUAGCGCCACCGCCACCGCCACCGCCACCGCCACCACCAACAACAACAACAACGAGAACAAAGACGGGCAUCAGUUUUCUGGUGACUGCGCAAUGGACGGGGUGAUUGUGGCGGUUGAAAGUGUUCGUGUCUGGGGGUGUGCGCGUGGGCUCAAGGCGCAACGUACAACUGCCGACUUUGUGGCGCGUGAGCAGAUGCUGCCUGUUGUCGGAGCCUCGGAGGGCCCUCAGACGACGUUUCGGUUUUCAGAAGCCACCGGAGAUGAGACGUUCUCGGAUAACAAGGAGAGUGUUGGAACCCUUCGCGGGAACGCGCGCUGGGCUCCCUUUCCCGUCUUUUCUGGUGCCGUUAAUUUGGAAAAGGCUUCUCGGAUUGACCCGACAACUCACAUGGAACUUCCGCUGUUUAUUCCACGGCGAGAGUUUGAGGGUUUCUUUGCUGCACUUGACCGCAGCCAGCUUUUGAGAAUUGGCUGCGAAUACCUGCAGACACUUUGCGCCCAUCUCAGUCGACAGUGCGUGGUGGCGGCCAUUUGUCAGAUGGUGUCGCCCGGCUACCAAGUCUUGGUCAUGGAGAAGGGCCGAAAGCGGCAUGAGGACACGAAGUCGGCGCAAAGAGGCGGCGGCGAUGGCGGGGCGUCCACCACGGAGCUCCUCAACCCACGCCAUCUCAUUGCGAGCAAUGACCUUGUGCGGCACCUUAUAAAUUUGUUGCGGUACAGUGAUACCGGGGCGGUUAGCGACGAGACGAUGCUGGCCGUCGCGGAAUUCAUCAAGUUGUGCUUUGGUUGGAUUCCAACGGAAAAGCUAAUGACAAACAGUUUUCGCGAAGCCGCACUUGCCAUUAGUGAGGCAUUGCAUGAUGAGGCAGAGUCAUUCCGCAUGGAACUUCCACCGUUUUCAUAUGUGACGACAGAUAUUCAGUUGGUACCCAUCGCUAUUCUUAAUGGGCCAGGUGGCACUGUCUCCUUUGAUGCGAACAGUCGCGGCAUUGAACACAUGACACUCUUGCGGGACCGAAAACAAAAAGUGUUGCUUGCCAAAUAUCCGGAUGCACAAGGUGGUUGGCCAGAGCUGGAGAUCCCAGGCGACAGCCCUUGGUUUUAUGCUAGACCCAUCGUCAGCACACGGGCUGCGGCGGCGUCUUUUACGCUAUCAGCGCGAUCGUUGAAGCCGCUUGUCGCUUGCGGGAUAUUUGGGGCGAUACGUGACGUGUUAACCUCGCAUACUAAAUAUCACUGUGGUUGGACAUAUUUUUUGAAUACGCCAUAUCUCUCGUUGUUGACGGUCCGCACAGGAACGACGAAGUGCUCUGCUUUGCCUGCGUGUCGGCUGUUAACAGCUCUGCUUGAUUUAUGGCGGCAAAUUCCCCAUUUUGCUCCGCACGACCACAGUCCACUUAAGCUUGUAUUGGCACAUCUUAACGUGUCGCUGAUGUCUAUCCUGCACCGUGGACAAAUAACACCCAACGGUCCUCCAUUAUUGUCUCCGGCGCUGGGUCACUACAAUCUUCGGGUUCAAGGGGCAUUUGAGCUUCUUGUGGCAGCCAUUCGCCUUGAGGCAGCUUGGAAAAACAUUAGUCAUUCGUAUUCUACGCGACUUCGGUGGAAGCGUCUCUUCUCGCUGUGGGAGACUUCCAUUGGCUAUGGCGCCUCUGCUGUGACUCCUUCCUCGGUCGUCAUCGGUAGGCAGGAUCCCACCGUGGUGGAGCGCGGAUAUGUGCGGCUGGUGCCUCUCCCCACCUCAGGUUCUCCGGUGCAGCAUCGCCCCAAAGCCACUAUAUUUCAACGAGGCAAUGGUGUCUGGUAUGCCUCCUGCGAUCGAGUUUCUCUUUCGGCCCGCAGCAGCGUUGGAUUUAAGCGUGGAAGGUUUUACUUUGAGGUUCGCAUUCCCGCGAGUGGAGAGGCUAUUUCUGUUGGCGUUGUCACGGAUCGCGCUCAACAGCACUCCGUCUUGGCUCCACGAGGACUUGGCCACGAUGGCGACUCCUGGGGAUUUGAAAGUGUGCAAAUGUGCCGCUUCUACCACGGGUUUCGUCAUGAAUUUGCUGUUCGAAGCAAGUGGAAGGCGCUUGACGUCAUUGGAAUUCUUUUGGACCUCGAGGCAGAAACUCUAGCGUGUGUGCAUGAUGGCCGUCAGGUGAGUAUGUUUGAUAAUUUACGAGCCAGUCGCGGCAACGAUACGACGACGUCUUUCUUCCCUGCUGUCUCGUUUGGUACGGGCGGAGUGGAUGUCAACUUUGGUGCGGCACCGUUUGCCUGCAGUCUGCCGGUGGGUUACCUUCCCGUGGACCCGUCUAACUACGUGGCGUCUCCCACGUCUAAACUUUGGACCCUCCUCACUGCUGUCGAGGUUGGGGAAGCCCUUUCUAGAAGUGGCAGCAGCGGCGGCAAAAGCAGCAAGAAUAGGGAGGGUUACAACAAAGCGGGUCGUGGGGCCGACGCCCCCUUUUCCAAGGAUGAGACUCUUCAUUUACCUAGUCUCUUUGAAAAGGCCAAUGAUGCUGGAAUGGUGUACCAAGCAGGUCGCAGCGGCCCGUACAGUGUGAGCCUUCUUCCUUGUGAUAAUAAGGCGAGGACGGUGACGGUGCAAGGGAGUGAAGUACGUGCCGGGGAUGAUCCGUGCUUUGUUCGGGGUAGCGUCUCUGUUCGGCAGGGACGAUGGUACUACGAGGUGGCGCUUCGUGGAGAGGCCUUGGUGAGUGUCGGCUGGGUCACUUCCACCGCAACUCCAGACUGGUCUCGCACCAAGUCACUGGGCGAUGAUGAUGAGUCAUGGGUGCUGGAAGGAAGCCGAACGACGGCGCGACACAACAAGCAUCAGCGCAGCGUAGGUGGACAGAUGUGGAAACACGGAGACAUUGUAGGUUGCAUGGUGGACUGUGAUGCUGGCACAAUUGCCUACAGUGUCAAUGGCACACCGCUCCGAGAAAUGCAUGACACCAACGGCGAUGGUGUACUCUUUUCCUCCGUGAACUGUGUAAAUGGAAUUAUGCCGGUGGUUGGUGUGGACCCAAAGAAUGCGGCAUCCAUUUUUUUCCUCGACGAUGAGUUGUCAUUCCGUCCACGCGGUUACCGUGCACUUAGUACGGCAAAUCCCAUGCGACUGGCAGUUGAACAGCAUUAUUGUACAGAUGACCUGGAGCGUAACGACCACGGGCAAAAGUUGACUGGGCCGGCUUUUUCGCCUACAUUGGCUCGUUUCCUGCUCUCCUCCUUAACAUCUUUGACGGAACUGAACUUUCGAAACGCCUCAGCCUACUGUCUAGAGGACGUUCUUAAUAAGGAUGAUAGCAACAUCCGUUAUGAGAGGUUUGAAGGACGUGAGAAUGCCUUGCGUCUGCUUGUCACCCUGCAAAAUCUUUCCGGCUUAACUGAAUGCAUGAUUCCAUACGCCCACGCAGCUCUUACUUAUGGAGAAUACGACACGCUUCUUUCAGGCCCUAUUUCUCGUUCGCUUUGGCAGUGUCGGGAGUAUCUGCUGCCGGUGGUGGUUUUGCGGAUACUCCAGGGUUUUUUCUCGCAUACAAAUUGCUUGGGAGAAAACAUCAAACUGACACUGAAUAGACGGAAGGCACUGUCACUUGUAAAUGACCUCGAUGCUCCCGUUUCCGAGCGUCUGCGUGGGAGCCUCUUUGGGCAGGUGUAUCACCUCCUACAUGACAAGAGUGUUUCCCUCUUUUGCACAAGCAGGAAGUUGUGGUCUGUGAAUUUUGUUGGGGAAGGUGCCGACGAUAUCGGGGGGCCGUACCGCGAGAGUAUCACGCAGCUUUGCUCGGAGCUUAUGAGUCCAGGUCUUCCGCUCUUUGUUCCAAGUCCCAAUCAAGUCAAUGACAUUGGAGAUGCACGUGAGCUUUUUGUGGUUCGUCCAGUUAUGGAACCGCCUGUACGCCUCAGCAUGUAUCAGUUUUUUGGUCGUUUUGUUGCGGGCUGUUUGCGCAGCUCAGAGCCUCUUCCCAUUUAUCUUCCUAGUCGUAUCUGGAAGGCGUUGGUGGGGACCCCCGUUGACGAGGGUGACCUCCGCGUGGUUGACCAGACCUCGGUGCAAUCUUACCACUACAUAGGUCAGCUGGUGUCGUCAAAACAAGGCGAAGCGACCAGCGACGAGGAGAUUGCGGGGCUUUGCCCUGGUGGAUUUUCUCUCGUGGACGAUGCGGGGGUGGAGCAGGAACUUUUUCCGGGCGGUAAGGGAGUGCCCGUGGGUCGACAUAAUGUGGAGAUGUUUCUUGACAUGGCGUUGCGGUUUAAGCUACACCUCAUGGGGGCCGCACAAAUUAAGGCAAUCGCCGAGGGGUUUCAUCAGGUGGUGCCUGUUGCCGCUGUGUCACUGUUGAAGUGGUACGAACUCGAGCAUGUGGUCUGCGGUCAGCCCGACUACGACGCGGAUGCGCUCAUUGAUGCCGCCCGCUACGAAGAUCUUGAUCCAAAUGACGUUAGCGUGCAGUAUCUUCGACAGGUGCUACGACAGUUUUCGCGCCACGAACGCGCGCUUUUUAUGCGUUUUGUCAGCGGCAGAGAGCGGCUCCCGUUGGGUGUGCGGUUAAAACUGAUGCCGGAUAUCCAUUCGCGUCCGACACGAAAUGAGACCACAGGGAGCGCCGGUGCCCAGAACAGUGAUGAUGCUGCUGGUGGCGGUGGCGGUGUUGAAGCCUCUAUUGAUGCGUUCGAUGACAAUCGACUACCUCACGCCUCGACUUGCUUUUAUUGGCUCUCUAUCCCUAGAUACAGCUCGGUGGAGGUGAUGCGGGAGAGGUUGUUGUUUGCCAUUCAGCAGUGCCUCGACAUUGACGCGGAUUUUGUGGUGCACGAGAAUGGCAACCCAGAGGAUGAGGUGGAGCCCACGCUGGCUGUCAACGCAGACGAGGAUGAGGAGGAAUUUGAGGAUUUUUCCCAUUUGCGUUAA